AUGGGCUGUGACAUGGGUUCGGUUAAUUUUACGGGUGCCGAAUGGUUGGAGACUGCAGUGACGAAUUUAAAUACAGCCUAUGCUCACAUUCAUCCAUACGUAUCUGUGGUUCUCUGUCUUGCAGGUACUGCAAUGAACAUAGUGACAGUAAUUGUCCUAACUCGACCAUCAAUGCGAUCAGCGGUCAAUUCACUUCUCUGUGCAAUUGCUCUUUGCGAUAUUCUGGUGAUGACGAGUGUUCUCGUCUUCGUCACCCACUUCCUUCUCUUUGCCGGGUACAGAUGUGACCCUUCGGACUACAAUAUUUAUUGGGCCUAUUUUCUUUACUAUCAUUCACAGGCCACAGUGAUAUUCCAUGCAACAAGUAUAUGGCUUACUGUUCUUCUUGCUCAAAUUCGAGUAUUCUCUAUUCGAAGAGCAACUUCGGUUGCUGGAGAAUCAGUUACGAAUAAGAAAACUUGCUUUAUAGCAGUAUCCACUUUUAUUGUCGUGUGUCUUCUGAAUGUUCCGAAUAUGCUCACUUUUGAGAUAAUAGAAACACCAGCUUCCAAUUGGCUUCAAUGCAAAGCAAAUGAAACUUCAGACGACGAAAUGCUUGUUUAUUUAGUAGCUCCAUCAGAUCAUUGUGGACUUUUGAAUGUAAGUAGUACUGUAAGUAUUCUGACAAAUUUCUUCUUUCAGAUUGCAUUCUGGACAAAUGGAGUUUUGUUCAAAGUGGUUCCUUGUCUACUGUUAACAUUUUCAAUUGUUGCCCUUGUCAGUAUAAUCCGGGAUGUUGGAAAACGGAGGAAGCAGUUAGCUCAAGUGAUGAACAAGAAGAGAAUGCCAAGAGAUCACACAACUCCAAUGCUUGUUGCAGUUCUCUCCAUUUUCUUAUUCGCUGAAUUACCUCAAGGAGUUCUUCACGUCUUCAAUGCAAUAUUCACAAAAGAAACAUUCUACGAUAAAAUAUACAUCCAUCUUGGAGAUGUUAUGGAUGUCCUUUCUUUGCUCAAUUCUGCUGUCAAUUUCAUCAUUUAUUGUGCAAUGAGUCGGAAGUUCCGAGCAGUAUUCAUCCAGAUUUUCCUCACAUGCUUGCCCCAGAAAAUUAUUCGAAAAUACGCAAUGGAAGCAUUCCUGGACGGAGAAGUUUCGAGGAUGCGACCUACUGCUGAUAUGACAAAAAGUGAACAAUUGGCUUUGACGUCCCAUCGAGUUUCAGCCUCAUCUGUCCUUCUUCCUGUUUCUAGACCAGAUCCACCAAGGAUGUAUUCUGGAAACUUGCUAACAGCUGACAUCAACGGCGGAUACUCACAUUCUCCACGGGUUUCAUUUGACAUCGUUCGUAAAGAAUCGCAGAUUAGUGUCGUCGAUUUUCAGCUUGUUGUGCCAAGUGUUCAGCAAGAAUCACCUAGUCUUGUCCAGAAAAUCAUUCGAUUCUUCCGUUCCCCAGAUGAAUUAUCAGAUAGUCCACAUAGAAGAAUCAAGCUGAUGCAAUGUGAAACGAGUACUGCUCUCUACUAA